CGCGGGGAGGCGCGGCCGGAGCGGACCAGCCGGCUGGCGGGCGGUGACCAUGAGCGGGCGGCGCGGCUCGGAGAGCCCGGGCGAGGGGAGCAGUGAUGUUUUUCUUCCGGACUCGCUUAUGCCAGCUGUGACCUUCCUCCAGGAACUGCCCAGUUACCAGUCCAUGCAGAGGAGAAGACUAUUAACCCGAAAUGGGGGCAACUACUACAGUUUAGCCCGAUCGGAGACCAGGAAUCUCCUCAAAGGGGCAGAAUCCAGAGAUCUCUACGCAGCACGGCCACUGAGAGAAUGUGCCUUGUCAAUUGCGGAGAAGAGAUGUUUAAGGGAGAUUGAGGAAAAAAACAUAAAAUCCCAGUCAAAGUGGGAUCAGUGGAAGAAAACAACUAGUAAAUCACAAAAAAGAAUUGCAGAGAAUUUCAAAGAACUAAUCUCUUACCUGGAAUUGUGGAGACAUGACAUCCAUAGCAUUGAGGAGAAAUUUGGCACUGGCAUCAAGUCUUACUUCUCUUUCCUACGGUUCCUGGUGCUGUUGAACAUUGUCAUCUUCCUUCUUCUGUUCAGCUUUAUCACCCUUCCAACUGCUCUUUUUAAAUACAAAGUGGUCAACGGCAGCUACGUGAAGGUUCCCCUAGAAACAGAGCCAGAGUGUACCGUUUAUGCCAGCAGUAACACCAAGGGACUUGUCUACUUCUACAGUUAUAUUACAGAUCUGCUGUCUGGCACAGGGUUUCUGGAAAUGACAAGUCUCUUUUAUGGCUAUUACACAGUGGAUAAUGUAUAUUUGGGCCUGCUGGAAUACCAUGUGCCGCUUGCGUAUUUGCUGAUCACGCUGGCUUACCUUUCUUUGAGCUUUGUCUGGAUUAUCAAAAGCUCAGUCAAAGGUUUUAAGCGAAGCUUGGUGUACAGCGAAGAUCCGUUUCAGAGCUACUGCAACAAAAUUCUUGCUGGCUGGGAUUUCUGCAUUACGGAUGUAAACGCUGCGCGGCUGAAACAAAGCAGUUUACUUUAUGAACUCAAAACUGAUUUGCAGGAAGAAAGGCAAAGGCAGAGGGCAGCAGACAGAACCCUCAAAGAGAAAAUACGUAUCUAUUGCUUAAGAAUCUUCUUAAACGGUGUUGUUUUGGCUGUUUUGUCAGCUUGUUUUUAUUCCAUCUAUAGAGUAACUGUCUAUUCACAAGAACAUACUUUCCAAGAAAGCAACAUCAAAUUAGAUGACCUCUUUGUGCAAUACCUGCCUUCUAUGGUGAUCACUGUGGCAAACUUUUUUGCCCCCCUGAUAUUUUCGUUUCUCAUCAAAUAUGAAGAUUAUUCACCUAUCUUUGAGAUACGGUUAACUCUGAUCAGGUGUGUCUUCGUGCGCUUGGCCAACAUUGCUGUCCUUUUGUUUUCGCUAUGGACUCGGAUCACAUCCUGUGCUGACAAGUGCAAGACGUGUGGAUACAAUUAUGACCUUUAUCCAUGUUGGGAAACUCGAGUUGGCCAGGAAAUGUAUAAACUGAUGAUUUUUGACUUGAUCAUCAUCUUCGCUGUUACAGUCUUCAUUGACUUUCCUAGGAAGUUGAUCGUUACCUAUUGUCCCCUGAAGCCCUUCCGGUGCGUUGGGCUGCAGCAGUUUGCCAUCCCGGACAACGUGUUGGAAAUAGUUUAUGGACAAACCAUCUGCUGGACUGGAACUUUCUUCUGUCCUCUCCUCCCAGCAAUUGCAGCCGUAAAAUAUUUCAUUGUCUUUUAUAUUAAAAAGGUAAGCUUGAUGCACACAUGUAAACCUUCUGCCCGGCCCUUCAGAGCCUCCAGCUCCAACUUUUUCUUCCUGGUGGUACUCCUGAUUGGUCUCAUUUUGGCAUUCAUUCCUUUGGGACUUAGCAUGACACACAUUCCCUCCUCGAAAGCCUGUGGACCUUUUGUGAAUUUCAAUCGUUCAUGGGAUGUCAUUCAACAUACCAUAAAGAAAUUCCCCCUCACGUUGCAAAGAAUCCUGAACGGCAUUUCUUCGGAAACAUUUGCUAUGCCCUUCUUCAUGGUUACCUGCUUUAUCGUGUUUUGGUUUACUGCCUUGGCUGGAGCACAUAAACGAGUGAUUAAUCAACUGAGAGAACAAUUAGCUAUGGAGAGUCGUGACAAGCUCUUCCUGAUUCAGCAGUUGACUCGCGCUCAGAAACUUCGCUGGGAUACCUUUUUCAUCCCCAUUGAAGGGAGCAGUAGGCCAAAGCAAGUUGGUGGUGGCUUAAGCAAAUAACUGGAGCCUUCACCAUCCCAAACUGGGAAGGACAUAUUCAGCUUGCAGUCGAUGGAGUGCCUUCUGCAGUGUGGCAUUCAGUCACGUUGAGAGUUAAGAGUUCACCUUUAGU